GCUAUAAUUAGAAUAGGGCUAUAAAUAGAGGCUUUACGGUAUGUAUUUAUGCAUGUAUGUAUGUGAGAGCCUUGCAUACAUAAAGUACAGGUUAAAUUUAAUGUGCCAUCGAAAGUACUUCAGAAUGCGGUUCAUUAUUAAAUUGCAUAAACGUAUUCGCGUAGUGUAUUUAUUAUGAUAAGAAAAGUGCAUAGUUGCUGAAUCCCGUCUUGAAAUCUUAGUUACAAAGUAUUUCCUACUGCAAAUUCUUACAUACUACAGGGAGACUGGCCCAUUUGUGACAAGUACGGAUUCACUAAAAUAUCUAAUUUCAAACAAAUAUAGCGAAAUUAAUAAGUUAAACGUUUCCAGAUUUUUUAAAAUAUGGAGACUCCGAAGUUUAGUGCCUCACUCCUUUUGGAUGACAAAUUAAGCGUAUAAAUAUUUUCCAAUCCUAUCGUGAGUUCAAUGAAUAAACAGUAUUUUUUUAUUUUGAUUGGGGUAAAAUUAUAUAUGUACAUAUGUAAGUAGGUCGCCAUGGUUAGGCAGUUAAUGAUUUUAACGUAACGUUGCAGUCAAUUACAAAUACGUUGGGUUACGCUAAAAUCGAUAAUUGCCUAUUGAAAGUUGUCAAUUAAAUUACAUAUCUUAAACAUAUCGGAUUUUCAUAAAUUUUGAAACAUGUAGUUUAAGUUGACUUGCAGUCGCUACUUACAUACAUACUGUACUGAGAAACAUUGACAUGUGCUUGUAUUUAAUGAACACUCAUUUCCCUUCAGAAAUUUCAAAUUUCACACUAGGGAGAAAUACCUUUUUUAUUUCUAAAUUUCCACAAUGCCUGUCAUUUUUUUCAGUGAUUUUGGCCAUGGCAUUUGAAUGUUUUCCAUGAAAAGUUUCUUAUAUUUAUUUCGAAAAACAAUUUUAAUGUAUACAUACAUACUUAUUUAUCUCAAGUAAUUAGCAAGAGAAAUGACUUUCUCACCAUUACAAUUAUAAAUUUUUAGAAACAUUUUUCAUCCCUAAAAUUAGAUAAUUUCCACAAUUUAUCAAAAUCUUGGCUACCACGAUGCUCGGACCUGCCUCACCCUCAACCGCGCCUGGUACUAUUAUUGCCUCAAUCGGUUUAAAGAUUUCAAAACGGUGGUCACCAUCCCAGAUUGGACAUCCCUCUCAGAAUAUUUCACCUAUUCUUCACCCCACCCCCAGUCGACCGAUGUCCAUGCAAAAUUCCGCUUCUCCCCCGAUACCAACCUAUCCAGCGUUAACCAGGGCAAACAACUGACCAAAUUUUUCACCAAGUUUGGUCCUCAAAUGAAAUGGUUGGACGCCUACAUGAACUAUGGGUCAAAAGACGAGCUCACCCAGUUCGGACUUGUCCUAAAAACGUUAACAAAUCUGGAAGAACUGCACCUCUAUUUGGAUAGAAGGGACAAUCGGAGUAUGGAUUGGUAUCACGAUUCUAAGGGAAUCGUCGUCCCAAACUUGAAAAAGUUAAGGAUUUACUACAAAUCUGACGUUGCCUGGUCAACAAGUGAGUUUAUUGACUACUUUUUGCUAAAUUCUACCGUCUUCCCGGCCCUGGAGGAUAUUGAGUUACCACCCUACUCGGUCCUUAGGAAGGAUGGCAUUCAAAGGAGGAUGACAGAUAUGGUUGUCUCGAGCCUAAGUCACUGGGAGCCACCCUUUCGUCCAGGGAUUCACAGAUACAUGAAACGCUUGCGACUUCUCUACACAAAUGUGGAGAUAUUAAUUAACCAAUGGGGAUCACGAGGGUUGGAAGGAUUAGGAUUUUAUGACAGCUUCCGUUGGACACAGGUUUCCAGGGAUGAAAUUGGUGCCGUCCUGCGAAGUCAUUCCAACUUUCUCAAGACGUUCAGCCUUCCAAUUAAUCUGCUUCGGGAGGAAGAAUUUGUCGGAUUGAAUUUUCCAAGGAUGGAAAAUCUCACCGAGUUAGAGGUGGAAUUCAUCAUGGGAAAAGUGGAAAUUGAUGAGGUAGAUAGAUGGGAAUUUCCGGAGAUCAAUGUUUCCGAACUUUUCCCUAAUUUGAAGAAACUUAGAGUCAAAGUCACAUUUGUGAGUGAGGCAAAUACUCAAAUUGUGGCGGCGAUAGGAGACAUAUUUAUACCACUAGGGGAAGGUUAUCGUAACGUGUCCGUGACCAAACUGGAGCUCGUGAAUCCCUACGUUUCUCGAACAGAGAGGAAAGAGUGGAGGGAUGGGAUUUGUAAAUUAUUUCCAAAAUUGGAGAAAUUUGUGGGGGCAGAGGCUAAAGUUGUGGAUGAAGAGGACGACGGUGUCUAUGAUGCUAAUAUAAGCGGUAGGUUUUAAUAGACGUGAACACUUAAUUUGUGAAGCUGUUCUAAAAACACAAACCGAAAAUAUUGUUUUUUAUGGAAAUUUCGCCAAAUUCUGACCAAAUGUGUUUCCAUAUUUUUCAUAGUUUCUUGCACUAUAUACAUACACAUGUGAAUAUUUAAUAUAGUUUCAACUCAAAGGGAUAAGUUAAGCGCAAGACGGAGAGACAGAGGCAGGAUAACAAUGAUGCAUACAUAGGUAAGCCCUUGCUUGGGCUAAAAAUGAGAUAAAUUUAGCUAAAAUUGUAUUAAAUAUAUUUCAUGUAAAAGGGUUUAUGACCGUAUGCAAAAAUAAAGUGAUGAAAAUGUG